CCACUCCGGGCCUCCGGUCUCCUACUAUAUCCACCUCCACCACCCCUCUUAUCUCCUCUUCCUCCCUUUUCCCUCCCUCGCCCAUCACCUCCGCCAUGGCCACAGCCGCGGCCUCCCUCCUCGUACCGCCUUCCUCCGCCGCGUGCUGCGCGGGGCCGGCCACGUCCCGCGCGCUGUUCCCCACCUCCGUUCCCUCGCUGCGCGCCUACCCGCGGCUCCUCCUCGCGUUCCGCCGCCCCGCCGCGGCGGCCGUCGCGGACCCGCAGGGCGCGGGCGCGGCCGUGCUAGAGGAAGAGGAGGCGGACGACCAGACGCCCGUCCAGUUCGACGACGCCGACGACGACUACGAGGACGGCUACGGCGGGCGCGGCCCCGCCUUCACGCCUCCCACCCGCCCGCGCACCGGCAAGGCCGCCCUCCCUCUCAAGCGCGACCGCACGAGGUCCAAGAGGUACCUGGAGAUACAGAAGCUGAGGGAGAGCAAGAAGGAGUACGGCGUGCGCACGGCACUCUCGCUCAUGAAGCAGGUCUCCAACGCCCGAUUCGUCGAGUCGGCGGAGGCGCAUUUCCGCAUGAACCUCGACCCUAAGUACAAUGACCAGCAACUCCGCGCCACGGUGAAUUUGCCCAAGGGGACGGGACAAACCGUCAAAAUUGCAGUUCUUACCCAAGGUGAGAAGAUAGAUGAAGCGAGAGCUGCAGGAGCUGAUAUUGUUGGCGCAGAUGACUUGAUCGAACAAAUAAAAGGAGGUUUCAUGGAGUUUGACAAAUUGAUUGCAUCACCUGAUAUGAUGCCUAAGGUUGCUAGCUUGGGUAAGAUUCUAGGACCAAGAGGAUUGAUGCCUAACCCCAAAGCUGGUACUGUUUCUCCAAACAUUACUCAGGCUAUUGAUGAGUUCAAAAAAGGUAAAGUAGAAUUCAGAGUUGACAAGACAGGAAUUGCUCACAUUCCUUUCGGCAAGGUUAACUUCCCUGAAGAAGACCUUAUUGCAAACUUCAUGGCUGUUGUUCGCUCUAUCGAGAGGAACAAACCAUCUGGUGCAAAGGGGAUAUAUUGGAAAACGGCAUAUGUAUGCUCAUCAAUGGGACCUUCAAUCAAGCUGAACAUAAAAGAAAUGCUCGACUAUGGCACAGAAUCAUCUGACUAGAUGUCAUGACAAGCACCAAUUAAGCCAUCCAGCAUUUGAUACCAACUUCACAAACUUGACCAUUCAUCCCUUGAGAUAAACAUACCAAGAAACACGGUUGUUAGGGAAGAUUUGGAAGUGCUUAGGUACAGUUUUUUUUAGUUUCACGGGCAUCCGGCAUCAGCAAUUAAACAAUGCCCAGACCAACAAACAGGGGGGUAAUGUUGGUCAUUUGUAUUUAUGAGCGAAUUAUGCAUGCACUUAUAGAUGUCUCUCUCUGAGAUGUUUGUUGUAAGUUCAAUGUUUUGUCAA